CUCGUGCAAAAACCGAUGCGUGUAUCCGCGUCUUAGCUGCAUGAGACCGCUUCUUUGACCGGCGUCGAAUAGAGCCUUGGUCCAAUUGAAUGCACCUCUUCCUUCUGCCGCAUCACCAAUUCAUCCAGAAAAACUGCAGAAGCUGCCCUUUUAACGUUACAAUCUGCACACCGCGAGUGGAACAACCGACACUCGAGCCACGACAGCACAGCAGCUGCAUCCGCUGCAUCGGCAUUCUGUCAGCGGUGGGAAGAGACACAAACACAGACCGAGACCCGUAUCGAGAACGAGAAAACCCCGAAACGAUGGACCCCGACUGUGCGAUCUGCUCCUCGCCCGCCCUCGCACAAUGCGACUGCGAAGCAAAGGGCCUCGACACCGCCGUCCGCCAGGCCGAGACCCGAAUGAUGACCACCUUCUUCGCCGACAUCCGGGCCUGGGUCCGCGGCCAUGCACAAGACUACAUCCUAACGUACUUCAACGUCCUCACGACCCGACGCCGAGAGUCGCACUCAAUGCACAUCGCGCACCUCAGCGAGCGCGCCCUUUACUACUAUGGCACGCGACCACACCCAACCGAGAUCGCAGCCGCCAACGCGGAGCUGAAGCGGGGUAUUGAUGAGGACUGGCGCGCCAGCGUGCAGCGCUACCCCGAGGUGCUCGAGUACUUCUACAGUCUGGUGACUUUCACCCUGCCGCGCGACGACGACUCGGCUGUCAAGGACCCGCCGCUGAGUGCACUGACGGGGGCGAGGAUGCGAGAGAGCGGAGGGGGAAAGGGCAAGAGGCAGGAGCGAGUGGAGGCCGGGAGGAGCACGCCGGGACUAGGAAGCAUCAGGAGACCGCCGCCACCACCGAGCAGCGGGUACGCGUAUGGUGGACGCUACUGAGGGUCGGGAGACAGGCUGGGAAUGUAACAACGAGAGAUGUCUGUGUUGGGGGGGCUGGGAUUCUACUUGUUUUGAUGUUUGCAAUACGUUUUAUGUUUUCGCGCUGGGGCGUCCUGGUCUGCAUAGGGGGCAUAACAUAGCACUGGCGCCUUGCGUAUUCCACAUCUUCUAAAUUGCGCAAAGGGAUGGCAGAGAGGGAGGGAGGUUUAAGUCACGAACGUCUUACGAGAUAACGACUUUAUCACGCAUAACAUAGCUCACGGGUCACUCUUAUGAUGGGAGGAGUAGAAAUGAAGUAUCAACACGUUUUUUACGAAAUCAUGAA